AUGGCCAUCCCCUUCGAGGGGUCCCCCGAAGAGGCCACGGUGCUGCUGCUACACAUAAAGCACGACAGGAGGAGACGGGCGCAGUACCAGCCAUGGCUGAAUGCGCUGCCUGGGCCACAGGAUUUUAUAGCAUGGGACUCGGUGGAUGACCAGUCCCUGAGCAUGCUGCAGUGUUCUGAAAUGGAAGGUGCAGUGAGGGAGAGGAGGGAGCGUCUGGAGACAGUAUGGCAAACAGAGCAGGACCAGGAUCUUGUUUAUUCAAAGCAGAACCUUCUGCCCUCUCGGGACAUCCAUUGGGACGAGGUGCAGUGGGCAGCAAACGUCGUGCGGAGCAGGAAUUGGACCAUGGGACAGUCAGGUACCGGUGAGCAUGUAUGUGUCAUGAUGCCCUUGUUCGACAUGGUCAACCAUGACCGGGCAUCAGACAACAGGAUCCGUUUUCGUGGAGGAGCCUUUCAGCUAGUCCAUGAAGGAGACGGCAUCAAGGCUGGUGAGGAGAUCACCUACAAUUACGAAGGCGAGGGGCAUGAGCUACGAAAUGAUCAGGCUGCCCUGGACUACUCUUUCAUGCUGCCCCACUCGGAUGACAGCCGGCUGUUCCAUGUUGAUGCCUUGGCAUCCAUGACAUCAUCCAGCGAGGUCUAA